AUGGUGUACCGGGACAUUCUCCUCUUUGCUGGUCAAGGCUCCAGUUCUUUUGGCCCUGACCACGUCAACACCCGGACUGGGGAUAUCCUGGCAUCGUCACACACGGCAAACUCAUUCCUCAAGGCUUGCCACGAAGCGCUCAUCACCGAGCUCGAUACUCUUGACGACAAUGACAAGAGAAGCCUGCCCGAUGACAUGCGGUCAUCCUUCAACACACCAGAGAGCCUUGUCGAUCCCCCUUCUAGACUGUGCUCGAAUCCGGUGGUGCAAGGAACGACCCUGUUCAUUCAUCAGAUGCUCGAAUUCAUUGCCUACGAAUCAGCACUCAACUCUCCUCCUGAACUGGUGGAAACCAGCGGAUUUUGCUCCGGCGUCCUUGCAGCGAUUGUCACCGCUUCAAGUCUGUCUCCAAGAUCUCCCGACUUUGUGGACACGGCUGUGCAUGCAUACCGCCUCUCCUUCUGGAUUGGCCUUCGAAAUGGCCUUUUCUGCCGGUGCGUGAUAGGCGGUUCUCGGGAUGGUAGUUCCUGGUCUUUGACGGUGCUGGGGAUGCCGGCACACGAGCUGGAAGGUCUGGUGAAUGAGUACAACAAGGCACGAAACCAAACUCCUCCCAUACGCAUCGCGGCGGUCCUUUCCGAGAAAGCAUUUUCUCUUACCGGGCCUGGCACAGCCUUGGAUGAUUUCAGGGCAAACAGCCUCCCCAAAUCCACACCCUCUCUCCCUGCGAAUGUACACGGAUAUUAUCAUGGCGGGCCUGUACUGCACGACACCCAGAGACAGGUCCUGGAUGACGUCCAGCGGCGGGGAAUCAACUUCCCUGCCUGGGAAGCACUGCAGGUACCGGUCCGCUCGACGUGUGAUGGAGAGUACCUGAAUGCAGCGGGUCAUGGGGUUUCCCUGUUGGAAGCUGCGUUGCAGAGCAUACUCGUCCGACCUGUUGAUUGGUGGUUGGCAUCACAAAAACUGGUAUCCUUCGCGAAUGCGAGGCUGGAUGAAGACAUCAAUCUGUCGUACCGAAUCCUGGCCUUGGGACCAAAUGCAAAGUCUCUCUUGAGGGCUCUCAAAGAGAACAAGAGCUGCGACCGCCUGCGCAUCGCGGAUGGAAUUUCGAACGUCGAGUCAGCGCCAUCACCGAACGACAUCGCAAUUGUGGGCAUGAGUGCCAACUUUCCACGCGGCAAAGGAACGGCGGAGCUAUGGGAUACUCUAGAGAAAGGUCUGAGUGCUUUGCAAGAGAUACCGGCAUCUCGAUUUCAAAUCUCUGACUACUACGAGAAGGAUGCCGAUAGGAAGCAGGCGACGCGGAAGCUCAGCUCUAAACACGGCAAUUUUCUGGUGAAUCCGUUCGAGUUUGACAACGGCUUCUUCCAGAUCUCGCCACGAGAGGCCAAGUCGAUGGAUCCCCAACAACGUCUUCUUCUACUUGCAGCCCUCGAUGCACUGGAGGACGCAGGGUACUCUCCGGAUGCCACUGAGUCUUUCUGCCGAGACAGCAUGGGCGUGUACGUUGGCGUUGCCACCGGAGACUACACAGACAACACACGCGAUGAUAUUGACGUCUACUACAGCCCAGGAACGCUGCGGGCAUUUCUCAGUGGGCGUAUCUCGUACGCGUUCCAGCUGAAGGGUCCCUCCGUGGUCAUCGAUACAGCGUGCUCCUCCUCGGCAGUGGCGCUCUACCAGGCAUGCAGAGCUCUACAGGCUGGCGACUGUAGCUCAGCGCUUGUAGGAGGCGUCAACGUCAUCUCCAGUCCCGAUAUGUACCUCGGUCUUUCUCGCGCACACUUUCUCAGCCCAACGGGACAAUGCAAGCCAUGGGAUGCGUCUGCAGACGGAUACUGUCGCGCCGAGGGCUGUGGACUGUUCGUGCUCAAACGGUUCUCGGACGCGGUUGCUGAGGGAGACCGCAUCCAUGGCGUCAUCCGGGGCAUUGAGGUCAACCAGUGUGGAACUGCCAAGUCUAUCACGCACCCGGAUGCGGAAACGCAAGCUCGCCUCUUCAAACAAUUAUUCAACAAGACGAAGAUUGACCCUAGCACUAUCAGCGUCGUCGAGGCGCAUGGAACUGGCACACAAGCGGGAGAUUUUGCAGAAGUAAGCAGUCUGCAGGCCGCAUUUGGACCGUCGCGAUCACCAACGAACCCCCUCUUCCUGUCGUCGAUAAAGGGCAACAUGGGCCACUGCGAAGCAGCUUCUGGUGCUGCGGGGCUGUCAAAGCUGCUUCUCAUGAUGCAGCAGAAACAGAUCCCACCGCAAGCCUCGUUCAAGACACUCAACCCCCGUCUGGCGACCAUUGAACAGCACAAUAUUGUCGUUCCCACCACAGCUCGCCCAUGGCAGGCCCCUGGCCAUUCACCCCGACGAGCACUUCUUAACAACUUCGGCGCUGCAGGCUCCAACGCAGCCUUGAUAGUUGAGGAGUACCAAGCGCCACCGCACCGGAACGUCUCACCUGCUCGUUCCUGCCAUGUCCUCAACAUCUCAGCCAAGACCUCGGAUGCUUUGGAACGGCUGCGAGAGGCCUAUUGCGAGUACAUCGGCAGGAGCACUGCCAAGAGCAAUCCCACCAACCUCUGCUGGUCUGCAAAUGCCAGAAGGCGGGAAUACGACAUGUAUCGCAUCUCAGUCACGGGAAGCUCCCCAGACGAGCUGCUGCGGAAGUUGCAGCAAGCAGAAUGCCCGAGCCGGUGGUCGCCGCCCCCACAUGGAAGCGCCAAUGUGUUUGUCUUCUCGGGACAGGGUGCCGUCUACCCGGGCAUGGGUGCGGAGCUGCUGUCGACAGCUCCAGUCUUCGCCGAACAAGUACUUCUGUGCAACAGCGUCCUGACUGACGCGGGCUUCCCAAGUGUUGAAACGCUCAUUGGGGACGACGACGGGAGAUUCGGCAAGCUCGACGAGAAGUUACAGGUUGUCGUGGCACAGUGCGCCUGCUUUGUCCUGGAGUAUUCCCUGGCCAAGCUGUGGAUGUCGUGGGGCGUGCAGCCAGACAUGCUGAUUGGGCACAGUGUUGGAGAGUUCGCAGCCCUGGCCAUCUCAGGUGCAUUGUCAAUGCGUGAUUCCCUGCUCCUCCUGGCCACGCGAGCGAAGUUGAUGACCGAGCUGUGCGCUCCCGCUGUUUCGGGUAUGGUGGCCUGCAACAUCCCUACAGCAAAGAUGCAGGCUCUCCUUUCUGAACAGAACGCUCGACUGUGUUCAAUCACCGUUGCAUGCAAGAACAGCACCAGCGAUUGCGUUGUUGCCGGGCCGCUGGACCAGCUCAAGGACCUCGUGGCUUUCUGCAAGUCAGCCGGCAUCAGAGCCAAACAGCUUGCCGUCCCCUACGGUUUCCAUUCCGCCGCCAUGGAUCCAAUAAUGUCCAAGUACACGCAGGCUGCGUCUAAAGUCACUGUCAGCGUUCCCAAUAUUCCAGUGGCCUCAAGCUGUCUCGGCAAGCUUUUGCAGGCUGAUGACAUCAAUGCGGAGUACCUUGCCAACCACACGCGCAAUCCGGUCGAGUUCGAGGCAGCACUCGGCUGCGUGGCUGGGGCAAUGGAUGACCGCAACACGGUAUUCUUGGAAAUUGGCCCCGCAGCAACCACUCUUCCCAUGGCAAAGUCGACCCUCAAGACCAUGGAAGCCUCCUUUUUCCCUUCACUCAAGCCCACCGAGAAGCCAUGGGUCAGCCUCAGCUCCGCUCUGAGUUCACUGCAUCUGCAAAGGCAGUCGAUCCGGUGGCGAGAGGUAUAUCGUGGCGCAGGUGCAACGUUUUUGGAUGACAUUCCACGAUAUCCCCUCUCGCUAUCGACGUUUGUAGUUCCAUACAAGGAACCAAUCAGCAGUAGUCUUACGGGCAUGACUGAAGACUCUCGUCCAUCCGAGUCUCCAUUCAAAUUCCUAAACGGAAACCACACUCGCGACAAUGCAGGCGUCGCCACAUUUGAAGCCAAGGUGUCGGACUUGCAGGAUUUCAUCAAGGCACAUUCAGUAGGCGGAUCGCCACUUUGCCCGGCCUCGGUUUACAUUGAGUUGGCACUCGAGGCACUGAACUCUUCACGACAAGGCGAAUCCCAACGGGCUUUCCACGAGCUCACGGACAUCACCUUCGAGAGGCCCCUUGUAUACACAGAUGACGCAGAUUACAGCGUUUUCACCAGCAUUGGUGCAGAUGGCAGCGCGUUCCAAGUGAAAUCAGACAGCAGCAGUCCGCAUUGCUCGGGGACAGCGGCAGACGUGACUGACGCGGCCAUCGAGAAGGAAUUCACACGCAGAGCAGCGUACAUCAAGCGGCAGCGGGCAUCGGCUCAAUUAGCAGACAGGUUCUCGUCGCGGAUCAUCUACGAGGUGGUUUUCCCCCGCGUAGUCUCCUACUCCGGUCCGUAUCUCUCGCUCAAGGAGAUCAGCAUCACGACAUCCGGCCUCGAGGGAUAUGGAAGUUUCCAGCUGCCUCAGGAGGGGGUGCCAGGCUUCGUCUGCCCGCCUGCAUUCACCGAUACUCUUCUCCAUGCAGCAGGCUUCAUCGCCAACAGUAAAAUCAGACCGGACGAGGCUUGCAUCUGCGUCCAGGUAGAGCGCGUCACGGUUCCAGCCAACAACAUGGCGAUAUACGGGCAGGAAAUGAGUGUCUACUGCAGCCUUGUCGAAUGCCACGACGACAUCAUUGGUGACGCAUAUGCGCUCGACGACACCGGGAAGGUGUUGGCUGCAGUACAUGGCAUGCAUUUCAAGCGGCUUCGUCUGAAGGCGUUCCAGGCUCACCUCGCCCGCGCCAUACAGAGACCUUUGGAGGCAGCCAGACCAAGCCAUACCCCUCGUGCCCCGGUUCUGGCCACUGUCAGCCGCCCCAAGAGCCAGCCAAGUGCUUCUCGUGCAGUUCAUGAGAAGGUUGCUCAGGUGUGCGGAAUCAAAGGCUCGAUCGAUCCACACAGCACUCUGGAUGAUCUGGGCAUUGACUCUCUGAUGUUCAUUGAGCUGGUGCAAACGUUGCAACAGGAGUUUGCCCACCUGAGAAUAUCCAAAGCCGAUCUGGAGGACUGCACCACGCUGCUUCAGAUUGAGCAGGUCAUCGCUGGCGCCUCGGGGGAAGUGCGAGGAGUGCCAACGCCAUCCGAAUCUAGCGAGGACGAGACUUACGCCAGCCGCAGCACCUGCGUGUCUCCGGUCGACGAGGCCAAUUCAAACGACGUAGAAGCUCUCGACGCUUUCUGCAGGGAGAUAUGUGGCUUCUCACUGCACGACGUCGACCCAGAUGCCGACCUGGCCUCGCUCGGCGUCGACUCGCUACUGUCUAUCGAGCUGGCAACGGGCCUGGCCAACACUUUCGGCAUCCAGCUCGGCGACGACAGCCACGCCGCAGUGCCCGCUCUGCGCGUCCGCCAGCUGCAAGAGCUGGUGUGUGGCGGGGAGAAGCCCGCGGCAAUCGGCACGUCGCCGCCGCAGUCAUCAUCGGCAUCAUCGGCGGCGCUCUCAUCAUCCCUCAGGGACUCCAAUGAUCGUCCCCCCACCUUUCCUCCCGGCGUGUCCGAGUUCCCCGCUGAGCUGCAGCAGCAGUCGGGAUACUCCGGGCUGAUGAGCAGCCCGCUGUACCUGUUCCACGACGGGAGCGGGCUGUGCAACCCGUACGCGCGCCUGGCACCGCUAGACCGGCGUGUGCGCGGCAUCUUCGCCCUCGACUUCUUCGGUGUGGACACGGCGAUACAGAGCCUCGAAGAUCUGGCGGCCCUCUACAUCGAGCGUUCUGGCUUGAUGAAUCACACCGAGCCCAUCGUCCUUGGCGGCUGGUCAUUCGGCGGCGUGCUCGCGUUCGAGGUCUCCCGGCAGCUCCGUCAGAGCCGCUCUCCGCGUGCUGUCCUGGGCGUCGUUCUCAUUGACUCGCCCGCCCCCGUCGACCAUGUGCCUCUCCCUUCGGCCGUUAUCUCGCAUAUUGCCGGCCGCGGAGCCGGGGCCAAUGCCUCCAAGACGCGUGGCUGCGUCGAAGCGCAGUUCCGCCGCAACGCCGAGCUGCUGGGCCGGUACAAGCCGCGUCCGGCUGGUGCAGACGUCCCUGUCGUGAUGCUGAAGUGCAAGCGCACAUUUGAUACACAGGGUCUCUGUGGUGUGUCAUAUCCGUGGCUGAGUGAUGAGGGGGCGAGAAUUGAGUCUGUGAAGGUGUGGGAGAGAUUGGUUGGAGGCCAAGUACGGGUAUUGGAUGUGAACGGUGAUCACUUUGAUUUGUUUGCGCCGAACAAUGUUGAGAGCGUUUCUUCGGCUCUGAAGGAGGCGUGUCGGAUUCUGGAAGCAGGGCUGUGA